GAGAGUUUGGGGAGGGAGGUACAGAAGGAAAAGGAGUGGCCUUCGGCUGAUAGUCUCUACCGGAGUAAAGUCUUCUCUCAGUGGCAACUUAAAGGAGGGAAAGUUUUGAGAUCCAGAACAGGGGAAAGAGAAAGAAGACCACUUUUUCUCCCAGGCUGUAUGUAGGUUUUAUGCAGUCAUGGCAACAGCGGCUCCACCGAAAAGGAUGGUGUCUUCUUUCUUCAUCACUCUGGCGUCUCCUCACCGAGCCACUGUGACACAGCAGCAGCCCGCCCUCCAAGCCCACAGUGCCCUGGCUAGAGACAAGCAGCACACUGCUGUACGAGUCAGCCCAAGUGACACCAUCCCCGCCCUCAGAUGUAAGAAAGAGGACAUCUCACCGUCUGAAGGUUAUGGCAGUGUAGAGAGCAAGGACCAGACUUGCGCGGAGGCCUCGACCACAGCUUCAGAUCCUCAAAGCCCAAAACCUGCCCAACCGGCACCCGGCAGAGGAAAUCUGCAAGAAGACGACAGAGGUGCUGCAGAGCUCUUCCCUCCUCCUCCUCCUCCUCCUGCACUGUCUUCAUCUCUGGAAACAUCGCUGUCUGAAGAAUCAGCGCCUCCACCACCUCCUCCUGCCCAGACGCCUCUCUCCCACCCUCUGACCCCAGGCCAGCAGACAGUUUACAAUAAAGAGGUGGAAACAAGCACCCCAUCUAGUGGGUUGAAACAAGAUGAACAAUACCAUGGGAUCCAUAAAAAUGGCCAAGACACAAGCGGCGAGAGUAAAGAGGUAUGUGGCUUCUGUCGAAAACCCAUGGCCCUUUCUGAACCUGCAAUAGAGGCCUUAAACAGGACGUACCAUGACGGCUGUUUCCAGUGUAGAUCUUGUCACAUUCCGCUGGCUGGCAAACAUUAUUACAACAAGGCAGGAAUCCCACUCUGUGAAGACUGCUACCGGGCCAGUCUGGAGCUUUGCUGGGCAUGUGGGGAGGCUAUCACAGAUCAAGUGAUCCGUGCACUGGAGCGAGCAUACCAUCUUUCCUGUUUUACCUGUGCAACAUGUAAACAGCAAAUUGGAGAGCAAGCUUUUGCACAGGGAGAAGUUGGAGAGGUGUACUGCCUCCAGGACUAUUACAGGAAGUAUGCUCCAAAGUGUAGCGCCUGCAAGCAGCUAAUCAUUCCAAAAGAUGACGGUACUGACAGCUAUAAUGUUGAAUGCAUGGGACGCUCCUACCAUGAGAACUGCUACAGAUGUGAGGUCUGCGUCAUCCAGCUCUCUCCUGAGCCAAAUGAGCACGGCUGUUAUCCUCUGGACGGCAAGAUGCUUUGUAAAUCUUGCCAUCUGAACCUGGUUUCUGGUCAGCACUAACACUGGCCUCAUGGCCCCGGAUAAAAUACACCUGAUGGAAAAGUGCCACGAGUCCAGGUGUUAAAGAGACGGGAGACUGUGCAUGUUCAUUUAAGGCUCUGGAAUACAAAUUUCACACAGAUCUUUCCAACAGAAUGAGAAUGAAAUAUGACUAUUUUUCACAAUAUAUCAUGCUUUCUGAAGAUCCUCUUAUUCUUCUUUUAUACUUGAUAAUUUUGCACUCAAUAAAUUCUACAAAAUGCACCAAAUAUAUUUAUGCAACAGACUUUGCAAAAUUGUACGGCGAGCAUUAUUUGAAUUUUUGUAAAUGUCAAUCAGUAUAUUGUUUUUCAAUCACAUUAACCCUUUAUAUGAAAAAUAAAACUAUAUAAAAAAAAGUCUAUAUAAAAGUAAACUAAUAUAUUUUUUUCUCGAGGCAGGCUCCAACAUACACAACAUUUGUUAACUACCACAUAAGCUAUCAGUAAGUAUUAAGAUGUGGGGGAAAAAAAGAUUAGAUUACAAUUUCAUUCAUUAUUGUGUAGCUGGUAAAACCAUAAUCAUGGACAGUUUUUGUUCAGACUGACAGGCCAAAGACAUCUGGGCUAGAAGCUGCAGAGACUUUAUUCAGGCAGCUGUCUGAACAAAAUGACGGACUGAAUGUGAUCACUUUUCAAACAAGAUCAUUUUACUCACCUGUUCAGGUAAAGCAGAGAAACGAAAUAACCGUCAGGCAACCAAUUCAACUCAGCAACAAAACUGCAAAGACAAACUUACUCUUUCACGAAACCCCUACAGCUACUGUAACAUUUGUGGUAGAAAUAUGUGAACGGGAAUACUGAAUACAGACAUUAGAGACGAUAACACAUCCUGGGACCAAAGCUUGAAGGUGCUUUUCAUGUGAUUGUGAUCACAUCCACAUUUUUUAUCACAUAAUGGUCUGGACCACAGGGCCUUUGAUGCAUUUCGCCUGAACAACAGAACUUUUCACAUUGAUUUGACUGCUUACAGUAUUAAAGUCUCAUUCAGAUGCCAGCUAAAUUAUUUUGUUAUUUACGUCCUGUAUUUCAAAACCUGCAAAUAUUUGUGGAUUUAUAUUUCUAUGUAUCAAAAACAUUUAUUAAAACAUUUUCUGGGAAAAGUAA